AUGCAGAAAAGCCACCCACAUGGCCACGUGGUUGAGUAUUAUAGGACAACAUUUGUGACCGCAUGCACAACGGAAAAUAACAGAACCUUCCCAAAAUCAAACUUUCCAGUUGCUAAUAAUCCAAACCGCUACAUCGACGCCAUAACCGUUAACGACUUUGUGAAAUCAUUAUCUGUUUUUCUCUCCGCCACCACAAUUAAGGGAACACCCGCGCUUCUUUCUGGGACGUUCAUUGCUGUUUUAUCUUAA